GUUAAAUUUCACUUUUUUCAUUUUUCAGAGAAACCAACAUGGAUGCAGGCAAGGAGAAGAAAAGAGAUUGUAUCAUUUCCGAUAGUGACGAUAGUUCUUGCAUAGACAUCGAGUGUGACCUUUGCGGAACGUUGUUUGAAAGUGUGAAAUCGUACGAACAACAUCUGAAAAGUAAGAAACAUAACAAAAUGUUAAACAAGAACAAAUUGAAAAAGGAGCUGAAAAAACCUGAUGAAUUAGUAGACGAAGCUAAUAACAAGGACGACGACGAUCAAGAUUCAGAAAUCCAUUGCAGUGUCUGCGGAAAGGCGUUUAACGACCUGUCCCAGUAUAAAUCGCACUUGAAAGGAGGUGUGCAUUCAAAAAAUCUCAAAAAGCAAAAAUUGAAGGAAAAAUUGAAAGACAUGGAUGGUAUCAUCGAUGGUAACGUUGAAAACGAAGGCGACGAUGAUGGAGUGCUAGAAAAGCCGUAUGCCUACUGUGCUGCUUGUCAAAAACACUUCAGCGGUCCGGAAAGUUACCAGCGGCAUUUGAAAGGUACUACACACGAGAAAAAGCUGAAACAUCAAGCAAUUCUUGAAAAAUUUAAGAAGGAUAAUCCAGAUGACGCAAAACUUGUAGAUGAUGAAGAUGAUGGAUAUUUAAAAUGCGAUGUGUGUAGUAAGUUCUUUAGCGGACAUGUCCCAUACUCCAUACAUGUUGAGAGUGCUGUCCACAAAAAAGAAGUAAAAAGGCGGAAAGUUGCGGAAGAUUUAAAAGAUUUUUAUAUUCGCGAUGCUGAAAAUGCAAAAUUUGUAUGUAAGGAAUGCAAAAGACCUUUCUCAGACAUUCUUGCGUUGAAGAUUCACCUGGAGGUAAAUGACCACGAAAAGCAGAAAUCAAAACGAGAGAUCAUGAAUUUAUUAUCAUCUCAUUCUGAAAUUGUUCCAGUGAAGUGUUUAGAAAAUUCGGUGUCAGAUGACGAAGGCGAAAUUGAUGGAGAUGCUAAGCAGGACUAUGAUUUUCUUGUUUGCAAUAUUUGCCGUCUCAGUUUCAGCGGCCCUGCAAGUGCUCGAGAUCAUGUAAAAAGUAAGAAGCAUCUUCGAAUGAAGAAAGAGAAAGAGGACAUGAAAGCUCUGAAAAAUAAACUGAAGAUAAUGCGCCCGAAUUAUGAAAACGAAAACACCUCUCGUGAUAAACACAGUGACGACACAGCAAUGAUAUCUAAUUCCAAAGCCGACACUGCUGACGAUGCUUUGGACACAUCUAAGCAAGAUGGCUUUGAAUUCAUUUAAUAACUAUUUUAGAAUCAUAUAUGUUCUGUUUGCAUUGUUAUAAAUGAAAUUGCUCAAUUAAUGUAGAUUUUAAGAAUAUCUUUAUAUAUCUAUAUUAUCUAUCUAUAUAUAUAUUAGAAUAUCUCAGAACUUCAUUUUUCAUAUUUUACGUUUAAGACUUGUAACAUUUUUAUGUACUGCAUUUUUUUCUUUAUUGGGCUUAAAUAAAUGUUAGCUGUAAAAAUUAAUAUUCAGAUUCCUUAGUAUAAUAUUUCGAAUUCCUUGAGCAAUAUGCGCCUAAUUUGAGAGUUCGUAUUUGUUAAAGUUAUUACAAAUUCUGAAGUGACGUUAGACAUGUUUCAUGGGAUGUUUCCUGUAUAUAUGUGAACAUGAACAGAUAAUUAUAUUUAGUGUCUUAAAAUCGUUAUCCACGAACUAACUGCAUUAAAAAUCUUUGUUCAAUUUAAUUCUUCUAAACUUUGCAAAGUUAUUAUACAUAGCAUUCAUUUGUAAUUCAUUUGUAAUUAAAUGUGCAUACUUAACUUCAUUUUCUAUGCAAAAUAUAAUACAGUUUGUCAAAUUUUAUGAAAGACUCUUCUUAAAAGAUUAGACAAAAAUUUUUAAAAACAUGUUAUGUGAAAUGGGUACGGGCAUUUCUUAGUUUCUUUGUACGUAUUUUGAGUUAUUCCAUAUGCAUAUAGCUUAUAGUGUUGCUUACAGUUACAGUUACAAAUAGCAAACAAUUGCAUUGGAAAUAUAAUGAAAUCCAAUUCUCGAAAUUCAAAGUAAGUAUUUUAUAUGCAAUUUCAACCUUAAAUUUUUCGAUUGUUUACAGCAUUAAUUUUUGGCCGGGGAAAAAAAUUAAUCUUAAAGAGCAAUCAAUGAAUUUUCUUUCUAACAGGAAGAAUAAAUGAAGAAUUUUUCAACUAAAACUUAUUUUAGCUUUAUAUCUUUCAAAAUGCUUUUUAUUUUUCUUUUAAUUAAACCAGAUAGCAUUCUAUUUUAUAUUUAAAUUUAGAAGGCAGUGUAUUGUGAAUUUUUCUCAGAAUGCCUUAUUCCAGUUUAAAAAACUAAUCACUUUAUAUCCAAACUUGUAGUUGUUAUUUCAUUUAAUUUUAGCUUAUUUUAUUUAUUUAUUUAUUUAUUUAUUUAUGUGCAUGUGUAAUUUUUUAUCAACUCCAUCUAAUGGUUGCAUAAAUUUUAUGAUUACAUUCUUCCCUUAAUAACUACAACUACAUAUAAUAAUUACAUGAAUUUUAUGAUUCUGAUAGUUUCAUAAACUUUACAGUGAUUUCACAUUAAAAUGCAAGACUCUAGGAAAUAAAAAAACUAACAGAAGUCUUAAACGGAAUUUAUAAUAAGCAUUAAUAGCCUUUAUUAUGAAACUUUUACAAACACUACUGUUAUGAUUCUUAAAUUCUACCAAAUUCUGUUCUAUGAAACUCUAAAUAUGUAAUAUUUAUUUACUAUAACCUUUAAACAAUACCAAGGAAUAAAAAUUCCCAGAACUAAUUUAUGUGUACUCUAAAAUGGUAUUUGUAUAUUGAAUCACACAUUACAAAAAGUGGGGAAUAUGUAAUACUAUAAAAACACUUAGGAGGGUUUUUACAUUCAUACUUUUAACUUUUGUAAUAUGCAGUAAUGCUUUAAAUUAUCUCUUGUAAGUUCAUUUAUGAUUUCAGUCUAGAACCUCCAUCCAAGAGUUCAGACGAUCACAUGCACACAUAAAAUAAGAAAAAUCUGUGCUACAAAUCUACGCUCAAAAUUAUGCUUUAAUUUAUCUUAGGCUUAAAUUGAAAGCUUUGGAUAGGUAUUGUUCCUGUCCCAUAAAAUGAUAUUGCUGGUGCUCUGGAAUGAGUAAUCUGUAAGUGAAUAUUUUCCGAUUCUAAAUCAUACAAUGAUGUUUAUUAAAAAAGCGUUCUUGUUUUAGAUAGGCUAGUUCAAAAUAUCGUGAUUAUUAAUUAUGUACUGUUCUUUUUUAAUAAAUAAGUCAUUACAUUCGAUAAA